AUGCCUCCACAUCAUAGUAUCAAAGACUGUGUCGAAAGAAAUAGAAGGAUUCAGGAUGAUGAUAUACUGAUUGCAUCUCGGGUCUGGAAUAUUUGGAAAGUAAGGCAUCUAGGGAUCCAAGCUGAGAAGGAGGAGGAUCAAGAGGAUGAGGAUCAAAAGAAGGAGGAGAAGGAAGAGGAGGAGAACAAACUGGAUGGAGAUGUGAGGCCCGAGAAAGAGAAAAAGGACUAG